AUGAUGAUAAGGAAGUUAGGUAAAAGAUGGACGUUGGGUCUAGUUAUGUUGGCGCUGGUCAUUGUGCUGUGGGUUCUAUCAUCGUUUUUGCUGAACCUGAUAUUUCAAGAUAACUCAUAUAAAAAGCCAUUUUUCAUAACAUACAUCAAUACAGCAUCAUUUGUAUUCUAUCUGAUACCAACUGGAAGGAAAAUGGUGAAGAACUACAUUCAGACGGGUCACUUCCACGCGCACGACGAGCUGGUCCUGGAGGAAGAGGGAGCAGCGCAGGAUGUGGUUGAGUCUGAACAGGACCCGGAUACUAGCAUAACUGUGCAUAGCCCGUUGAUACCAAAAGACAGCAAUGUAGAUCAUGAUGGAUCCAGAUUGUCGCUUCCUGAAACAAUGAAAUUAAGCGCAGAAUUUUGCGUACUAUGGUUCACUGCAAACUUUGUUACUAACGCAUCCUUAGCAUAUACAUCUGUGGCAUCUCAAACAAUUUUAUCAUCGACAUCGUCUUUCUUUACAUUAUUUGUUGGUGCGCUAUGCCAUACAGAGACACUUAAUCGUGUCAAUAUUGUGGGGUCUAUUGUGUCUUUUCUAGGUAUUCUACUUGUAACAAGAUCGGACGCUUUACAAUCUCACAUUCAUAUAAAACCUUUCCCUGGCUCAAGUACGUUUGAUGAUAAUGAUGAUACUUCCGCGGAUGCUAUGAAGACUCUUCUAGGAAAUGUGUUAGCGUUGCUAGGAGCAUUCUUCUAUGGCAUAUAUAGCACGCUAUUGAAGCAUAGAAUUAAAGAUGAAUCAAGAGUGAAUAUGAAGAUUUUUUUCGGAUUUGUUGGUUUAUUUACUUUGAUUUUUGUGUGGCCAACAUUAUUAUUAUUGCAUUAUACCGGAUGGGAAUCUUUUGAAUGGCCAUCAACGCCUCGUAUUAUUACAGUUGUCACAGUCAAUUGUUUAAUAACUUUCAUCAGCGAUUUUUGUUGGGCUAACGCUAUGUUACUAACAAGUCCAUUAACAGUAACUGUCGGUCUAAGUAUCACAAUACCAUUUGCGAUGUUUGGCGAUUUCAUGUUGAAGAAUAAACCGAUGACAUUGUUAUAUUUCCUCGGUGCCAUGCUUAUAUUAGGAUCAUUCUUUAUUAUCAAUAAGCAUUCUGAAGAGGAGACUUUGGAUCAUCUACUGGAGGAUACAAAUAGUAGCGCCACUGGCGAAUUGACUGUAUAA